AUGACCCUCUGUGGAAUGGACCCUGCCCAUUACAAGGGAACGAUCGCAUGGGAGCCUCUGGUUUCAGAAGAUUACUGGCGAAUCAAGCUGUCAGCGGUCACCAUUGGAGGAACCGCAUAUACCAAUGGACCAGUAGAUGCCAUCGUUGACACCGGUACCUCGCUUCUAACUGGACCCACUGAUGAAAUCAAGAAGAUCCAAAAGAAAAUCGGAGCUAUUCCGAUUGUCAACGGCGAAUACGAAAUUGAAUGCAAACGUAUACCUCAACUGCCACCAAUCACCUUCACUCUUGGCGGCCAAGACUUCGUACUUCAGGGAUCGGACUACGUCCUUCAGGUUGCCCAGAACGGUCAAACCACGUGUAUCUCCGGCUUCAUGGGACUUGACAUUCCAGCUCCUGCAGGUCCUUUGUGGAUUCUUGGUGACGUUUUCAUCGGCAAGUUCUACUCGGUGUUCGACAAUGGAAACAAGCGUGUCGGAUUUGCCCAAGCAGCUAACGCACCCCCUUCUUAA